AUGUCGACCCCCAACGUCGCUCAGGAUAUGCCUGAUUUCUUCGAUCUGCCCUCGAAUCACUUCGGGGAAGAUUUCGAUUUCUCCACCGAACCCACCAUGCUCUCUCCCCACCAGAUUCCCACCGGCCUCCUGGCCGUCAAGGACUCGAUGGCAGGUGCCCCUUCGGGCACCAUCUCUCCCAAGGAUCUGUUCAUGGAUGCGUCGGCUCCCCCGUCAACUUCGUUCACUGAUCUCAGCACUCCUUCCUUCGAGUCCCCCGGUUACUUCAGCCAGGAUACUUCUCCCAUGUUCCCUGCGGAUAUGGAGUUGAACCCCGGCCAUGAAGAGUGGGAUUCACUCUUCCCUCCUCAGGAUGCCUUCCCUGUCGCCUUCGAUUCGGCGGCUCUGGACGUUGCGUUGGCUCUCACUCAGCAGAAGGUUGAGCCCGCGGCCGAGGCCGUGGUGCCUCCGUCCCCUGUGAUUCGCAAGUCCACUUCUCCGGCUCCCUCGCCUGCGCCAAGCAACAAGUCCGGUACCAAGCACUCGAUCGUCGCUGGUGUCAACGCCCGCCAACGGAAGCCAUUGCCCCCCAUUAAGUACGACGGCAGCGAUCCCGUGGCAUUGAAGCGCGCUCGUAACACUGAGGCUGCUCGUAAGUCUCGUGCUCGCAAGCUUGAGCGCCAUGAUGACAUGGAGCGUCGCAUCCGCGAGCUCGAGAAGUCCUUGGAAGAGGCCCAGCAGCGUGAAGAGUACUGGAAGGCCCUGGCUCAGAGCAGGGCUUGA